GACAUUGAGUGAAAAGAAAAUCCGGGAGCCGUUGCAAAGGCAUAUCCCGGGACAACUCUGCGCGUCACCAACAGAAGGACCACCACAACAACACGAGUGACGCCGGGCAAGUUGAAGCGCUAUUACUUACUACCCCAUCAUGAGCGGCGGAGUAUACGGAGGAGAUGAAGUGGGAGCCCUGGUGUUUGAUCCUGGUCACUCCUCCCUAAGGGUGGGCUAUGCUGGGGAGGACUCUCCCAAGUUUGACAUACCAUCAUGGGUGGGUGUCCUUGAGGACCAAGAAGCUAAUGAGAAAAAGUAUUUUGUUGACACUGUUGCUCUUCAUGUUCCCCGGAAAGGGUGUGAGGUGGUUAACUACAUGAAAGAAGGGAUGAUAGAAGACUGGGACACCUUUGAGAAGGUAGUGGACUACUCUUAUGAAAAAUGCAUCAAGAGUGAGGCCCAAUACCACCCUGUCCUUUUCUCUGAGGCUACAUGGAAUGCUCGAGGAAAAAGAGAAAGGCUUUGCGAGUUGGUUUUUGAGAAGUAUCAGGUACCUGCCUUCUUCCUUGUCAAGUCAGCUGUCCUUGCUGCUUUUGCCAAUGGCCGAUCAACAGGCCUUGUGCUGGACUCGGGGGCAACACACACAUCCGCUAUCCCAGUACAUGAUGGCUAUGUCCUCCAACAUGCCAUUGUAAAGUCUCCUCUUGGAGGAGACUUCCUCCUUAAUCAGGCCAAUAAUUUUUUGAAAGAGUCUGGAGUAGAUAUCAUACCUUCCUACAUGGUGGCAGACAAACAACCAGUUAAGGAGGGUGAUCGGCCCAAAUGGAGUAAGAAAAAUAACCUGCCUGAGGUAACGGCAUCCUGGCAUAACUACAUGAAGCGGGAGGUUGUACGGGAUUUCCAGCAGACUCUGUUACACUGCUCAGAGGCGCCCUAUGAUGAAGACACCAUCAUGAGCAUUCCCACCGAGCCCUAUGAAUUUCCCUCAGGAUACAAUAAUGAAUAUGGCCUUGAGCGGUACAGGAUCACUGAGAGUCUCUUCGAUCCCAGCUACAUCAAAGGCGUUGGAUCCACCAUGCUGGGAAUGUCUCACGUUGUCUCCACCAGCAUUGGCCUGUGUGACAUUGACCUUCGGCCAAGUCUCUAUUCUGGGGUAAUAGUAACAGGUGGAAACUCACUUUUGAAUGGCUAUGUUGAACGCCUCAACCGUGACUUGUCAAGCCGCACCCCACCAAAUAUGAGGUUUAAGUUGAUCUCCUCGACUGGCACUACAGAGAGAAGGUUUGGUUCUUGGAUUGGUGGGUCCAUCCUUGCAUCCCUGGGGUCCUUCCAGCAAAUGUGGAUUAGCAAACAGGAAUAUGAGGAGUCAGGCAAAUCACAAGUGGAGAGGAAAUGUCCAUAGAUUAGGUCUUGUGAAUUUUUGUGCUAAAUAGAGUAACUGAUAUUUUAACAGUAUCUGCAAAAUAAGAUUAAGUUACUUAACUUUUAUGAAGGCUGAGGGAUUUGAGUAGCAUUUUCUACUGUUUCAUUAGUGAAAUCUUGCAUGCACAUUUAAAGGAAGGAGCUUGAAUGAAAACAAGACAUGCAGUGAGAGCCCAUGACAAGUCAUCUGACCAUGCUGUUGCCAACAGUAGUUCUGAUUUCUUGAGAAAGAGCAGGAAACGGUAAUCAGUGCUGAUCUGAAGGAGAAUGGAACAUGAUCUUAGAAAUAAUCCCAUGUUUUGCUAUUACUGUAUUUUAUUAACAACCUGUGUUCACGACACUUUUUUUGUAUAGGAUGAAAUGCUUUAUUUCAGCAUUGAUUCAGUAAUUGAUUCAUGUGGUAAUGAUGUGUAAAAAUUGGUGAAUAUAUUUUAAUCUCUCCUA